UCGGCGUUGGAGAAGAACGCGACGAUCGUAGCGGGACUUUGGCAGACUCCUCGGGUGAUGGGCAUGAGCUGAUCUGCUUCGGUUGGUGGUCCUCGGACCGCUGGUGAUGGCGCACGGCUGGGUCCUGCUGCUACUACUACAGGAUGGUGUUGGAGUACCAGAACCCGCCUGGACUAAAGUCGGGGUCAAGAUCGGGCGAGUGCAUCCAGGCGGCGAACGACACGAUGGCUUCGCUGUCGGCAGUACCGCAGUCGGGGACGAAGUCCAGCACGAAGACGCCCAACUUCAGGAGAGUUUUCAUUGUUGGCGACGGUGAUGACGACGUCGCGGUUGAGGCGUCGCUCUCGUUGCACGAAGUGCCCCGAGGAACACAUGUGUUGACCACAGCAACUGUCCAGAAACCAGCAUGAAGCUCGGCGUAGAGGUGCAUCUUGGAAAUUCGUCCGUGGGUGCAAAGAAGCGAGCGGGUGGUUCUCCAUUGUGGUCCGAGCCCGGCGAGAAGAAGUGUCACGAAGCUUUCUUCAGUGAUUGUGCCUCCGCACCGAAGCAGGCGGUUGCGGAGGGUCUGGCAGCGACUCAUAUACUGCAUCGCCUUUUCCCCGGUCUUCAUUUGUAUUGUUGUGAAAUGCUGCAUGAGUCUGCUUUGUGUCACACUGUCGUUUGCUUGAUAGAGACA